AUGGCAUUCUCGGCGUCUUGCGGACAGCCGAUCAUGCUGACCGAUCCGUCGGAGUCGUUUGAUGCUUCGCCACAGAUAUUCACCUUCAAGACUCGGGGUUUGGCAGGUGGUGCUGAUUCAUUUAGAAGUGCAGACGACCCAGACUUGGGGCGGGGGGAGGCCACUGAAAUUGAGGCAGGUGCCGAUCCGUCAGAAGGUGGAACAUUGCUCAACGAUCCACGGCGCCGCAACGAAGAGCGCGAUCCAGACAAGGCGGCCAGAAUAUGUUCUUCAGAAAAAUUAAACUCCUCUGUAUCGGAGAGCGAUGGGACGCUGACCGGAAGCUUCUGGGUCCCUGUGGACCCGUCCGAGCAAGUUGAUCUGGAGGGUCGCGUAGAGACGCGUGUUUUUCCAUUAGAUCCGGAAGAUUUGGCAGAUCGCCCUGUUCCAGUAGAUCGCGGACUCACUGGCUGA